AUGAACAAAGCCGCACCAUCUGAACUGAUUCCCCAGAACAGACAAGGUGGCAACUAUGGAACAGCUUUGCAAGCAGCCUCAUUGUGGGGGCAUGAAGCAAUUGUAUCGCUUUUGUUGGAAAAGGGCGCGAAUGUCAAUUGCAAUUGUGGCCACUAUGGUUUUGCGCUGGAGGCUGCCGCUUUCGGAGGACAUCUCUUGAUAAGUGAAAAAUUGCUUCAAUACGGUGCUGAUGUAGACACUGAAGGUGGAAAUUUUGGAACAGCUCUGCAAACAGCUUCUUCUAAUGGAAAGUGGAAGAUAGUGAAACUAUUGCUUGAUUCUGGUGCCUCGGUCAACAUUCAAAACGGGCGUUUUGGGAGUGCAUUACAAGCUGCCUUGAGGGCGGGGCAUAUCGAGAGUUCUGGUUUGCUUCGUGUACAUGGUGCGCUUUCACUCGCAAUAUCGGCGAAUUCCUUGGAUUGGGAUCGUGACUUCUCCUUUCGAGCAUGUUAG